AUGUCGACAACCUCGAGUACACUAAGACUAACACUAAGCACCCUAAGAACUACGGCCAGUGCACCACCACCGACUUACGGGAUAAGUGUGAAGAUCCUUUUUAUGGGAAGUUACUUUGAAGGAGAUGCAGAGGCAUGGCUAAGACCCUUCGUCAAAGACUAUAUGGAGAACGAAGGGGACGACAGGGAAGAUGAAACUAUUAACCUAUUCGAAACGUUUAUAGGGUUCAAGGAAACGAUGAAGCUAAUAUUUAGAGUAAAGAAUAAGAAAAAGGAAGCCCAAAAGAAGAUAGUGAGUCUCCGAUAA